AAGAGAGCAAGCAGGAUGUUGGACUUCAGUAUGCGGCAAGAGGCUAGUUCAUCUUUCAUAUUUGCCGUAUUUAUUAAUCUUUCUUUUUACCACCUUGUUAUUUUUCAGACUUGAUGCUCACCGCAGCCAUAUUUGUGCUGCCCAGCCUGGUGAAGGAACGGGUUGAGGCGUUUGUGUGCAGUCGCGAGCCUGAAGCGGUGCAUGUUGUACCGACUGUCACUUACACCGGCAACAUUCUGGAGCUGCCAGGGUUUACGAUCCAACUGGAAGCGCUGGAGAUCCAGGCGCCCAACCUACUACAAGCUGUCGCCAUACAAAUGGCAUUGUACUGGACUUUUGACAUAGUUUUUUGUGCAAAAGCACAGAAAACUUUUGACCUGCUGUGCCGCCUUAUUGGUGUAAGCAGUGGCAUACAGGCAACACCACUUGUCCGUGUGGCACAAACCUUGCUGAAGCAAUAAUGUUUCAUAGCAUUUAUGAUGCUUGAAAAAUAAAUUA